AAACUUUAUUGAAAACAGGAAGUAUGACAGUUGUUUACUUUGUCACAGCUUGUGACGCAGACGUCGGAGUUUUAUAAAUAACAUUAAAAUAAAUAUGUUGUUACGUCGCGUUUGUCGUUGGACUUUUAAAUUAAGUUUCUUUCUAAUGUUCGUGAACGUGAGUAGUGGAGAUUUAUCUCAAUCCUCCUGGAAACCGAACAUUAUUAUGAUCCUCACUGAUGAUCUGGACUUCACUAUGAACGGACUGUCUCCACUGAACAAGACAAGAAAACUGAUCGGUGAAGCAGGAAUCUCGUUCUUAAACGCAUUUGUUGCCAGCCCCCUGUGCUGUCCCAGUCGAGCCAGCAUCCUGACGGGGAAAUAUCCACACAACCACCGCGUCACCAACAACACGUUAGAGGGAAACUGCAGCAGCAGAGCGUGGCAACAGAGCGACGAGGCUCACACUUUUCCCGCCGUUCUCAAACACGCCGCACAAUACCAGACUUUCUUUGCUGGGAAAUAUCUCAACCAGUACGGACACUCGGAGGCUGGAGGAUUGAAGCACGUUCCUCCAGGCUGGAGCUAUUGGGUCGGACUGGAGAAAAACUCUAAAUAUUACAACUACACGCUGUCAGUGAACGGGAAGCCUGAGAAACACGGAGCGGAUUACGGCCGAGAUUAUCUGACCGACGUGCUGGCCAACGCGUCUCUGGAUUUCCUUCAGUAUAAAUCCAGUUACCGGCCGUUCUUCAUGAUGGUUUCCACGCCCGCACCUCACUCUCCGUGGACGGCAGCUCCUCAGUAUCAGAACGUCUUCAACCGAACCCGAGCUCCGAGGCUGCCGAGCUUCAACGUCCACGGCAAGGACAAACACUGGCUCAUCAGACAGGCUAAAACUCCCAUGUCCAACUCGUCACUUCAGUUUCUGGAUAAUGUCUUCAGGAGACGGUGGCAGACUCUGCUGUCAGUGGAUGAUCUGGUGGAGAAACUGGUGAACUUAGAGGUCAGAGGUGAACUGGACAACACUUACAUCUUCUUUACCUCAGAUAACGGUUAUCACACGGGUCAGUUUUCUCUUCCUGUGGAUAAAAGACAACUUUAUGACUUUGACAUCAGAAUUCCUCUCAUGGUCCGAGGACCAAAUAUUAAACCCAACCAGACCAGCCAGAUGCUCGUGGUCAAUGUCGACUUGGGUCCAACGAUCCUGGACAUCGCUGGAAUCAAUGUCAACAAGACACAAAUGGACGGAAUGUCCUUCCUUCCUGUGAUGGAGGGGAGGAUGAUGAACAGCAGCAGCUGGAGAACAGACUUCCUGGUGGAGUAUGAAGGAGAGGAAAGUGACGUGCGUGACCCAGUCUGCCCCCUGCUGGGUCCCGGAGUGUCGGAGUGUUUUCCAGACUGUGUGUGUGAAGACGCGUAUAACAACACGUACGCCUGUGUGCGAACUGUCGCCCCCUCUGCCAACCUGUAGUACUGCGAGUUUGAUGACAACCAGGUGUUUGUCGAGGUUUACAACGUCACAGCUGAUCCUCACCAGCUGAAAAACAUGGCCGACUCUGUGGGACGAGACUUUCUGGAGAAGAUGAACCAGCGGCUCAUGAUGCUUCAGUCGUGCUCCGGACACUCGUGUCGGACGCCCGGUGUUUACGACUCCAGGUUUAAAGUGAAUCUGUGUUAAUCCUGCGUUUCCUCAGGUUUAAAUUUGAUCCUGGUCAGAUGUUCCACCGCCACAGAUUACGCAGAUUACUCCGACAAACAUGAUGAAAUGUUGUCACUCACUUUUUUCAGGAUGAAUGGAUGAAGAGUCACAUGACAGUAUUAUUGUUCUGUUUAUUUCAACUUCUACAAUUUUUAGGAAAGUUUCCAUGAAAAUGUAUCUUUUCACCAGAUCAUUGUUUUUUUGGAAGUGGAAAUUCAUCAUUCAUUCAUCCAUUUUUACUUUUAAUACAUAAAUUAUUCUAAGUAAAAGUGAAAAAUCAAAGUGGUUUUACCUGAUAUUAUUGGUCUAAACAAACAUUUCCAUCAUAGUUUUAUGAAUGAAUGAAUGAAUGAAUUGUUGUUGUGUUUCCAGUUCAUUUCCAUGUACAGUUUGAGUUAAAUGCACUAAAGAAAUGUUCGUUUUGAAUGAAUUGUGAUUUAAAGAUUCACUGUUUCCUUGUGUUCUGUUGAUGUCGUUUGUCUUUUUCUUCCUCUGAAUAAAAACAUUAACAUUA